AGCCACGCCCCCAUAUCGCCAAGCGUGGCCACACCCCACGCUGACUCUCUAUCCACCACCUCCAACCUCCUGGAGCUCUCCUUCCCCGGAAGAUCGAGCUGAAAACCCGGAGAAAGGAUCGGGAAACUCCGAUAGGCUCAUUGCGUAUGCGCACUGGGAGCCGGAAGUCAAGGCAGAGGCGGAGGUUCUCUACUUCCGUUUCUGGUUUUUGCUCCGGUGUUUGGGUUUUCUUCGCGGCCGGUCAAGAUGAACCGAAUCUUCGGAAAAGCGAAACCCAAGGCUCCGCCGCCCAGCCUGACUGACUGCAUUGGCACGGUGGACAGCAGAGCAGAAUCCAUUGACAAGAAGAUUUCUCGACUAGAUGCUGAACUAGUGAAGUACAAGGAUCAGAUCAAGAAGAUGAGAGAAGGUCCUGCAAAGAAUAUGGUCAAGCAGAAAGCCUUGCGGGUAUUAAAGCAAAAACGGAUGUACGAGCAGCAGCGGGACAAUCUCGCCCAACAGUCAUUUAACAUGGAGCAAGCCAAUUACACCAUCCAGUCACUGAAGGACACCAAGACCACGGUUGAUGCUAUGAAACUGGGAGUAAAGGAGAUGAAGAAAGCAUACAAGCAAGUGAAAAUUGACCAGAUCGAGGAUUUACAAGACCAGCUAGAGGAUAUGAUGGAAGAUGCGAAUGAAAUCCAAGAAGCACUGAGUCGUAGUUACGGCACCCCAGAGUUAGAUGAAGAUGACCUGGAAGCAGAGUUGGAUGCACUGGGUGAUGAGCUUCUGGCUGAUGAAGACAGUUCUUACUUGGAUGAAGCAGCAUCUGCACCUGCAAUUCCAGAAGGUGUUCCCACUGACACAAAGAAUAAGGAUGGAGUCCUGGUGGAUGAAUUUGGAUUGCCACAGAUCCCUGCUUCAUAGACUUGCAUCAUUCAAGUACAUGGUGUAAAAUAAAUACUUAUUCUGGGACUAGGAAAUAUUUAUCUUUCCAAAUUUGCCAUAACAGGUUAAGGUGUCUUUCCUUUCUUUAAAGGAAAAGUUAAUUACGUUGCUCUUUUUUUUUUUCUCAUUAAGAGACUCAGUGUUUGGGGGAUGCUUUCUUUGUACUAAAUUUUUAUUCCUUUUCUCUUAUGAAAGACUAACUUACGUAAAAGUAUUAGUAGGUAUAUAUGAUUUCAUUACUUACUAAUAUUUUGAAAUGGAAUCAAGGAAAUGGGACUUUUUAGAUUUGGUGAUAGUAUAACUCCACAAUCUCAAUUUGACCUGAUAAAUUGACAAGGCAGAUGAACUUACUAGAACUGUUUAUAUUAUGAUUCAAAAUCAUUUUCUAUUGUGAUACUAUAGGUUGGCAAAGUGAUGGUCUUUUUUGAUGAGUUUUGUUGUGUCUAGUGAGUAAUCAUUACUGUGUCCAGUAUGGGAAUGGAAUUAUCACUAUGUCAUGAGUGGGUGUUUUAAGUCUGUGGUUCCCUCAGUAUUACAGCCUGACUUGUAAUCAGUACUGAAUAUUUCUUGAUAUUUAAUGUAUAAGACAUUUAUUUAUAUUCAAUAAAUAUUUUUCAAAAGGA